AUGUUUUCAAGACCAAGCCUCGAACGCGCAAGCGUGCUCACUCUAGGCUUCAUUGCCUCUCUUGUCGUCGCUGGGCCCUGUGAUAUAUACUCAUCUGGAGGCACGCCCUGCGUUGCCGCGCACAGUACUACUCGCGCCCUAUACAGCGCCUACACAGGCUCCCUCUACCAGGUGAAGCGCGGCUCCGACAGUGCCACGACCAAUAUUGCGCCGCUGUCGGCUGGCGGCGUCGCAAAUGCCGCUGCUCAAGACUCCUUUUGCGCCAGCACGACCUGCCUAAUCACUAUUAUUUAUGAUCAGUCCGGUCGGGGUAAUCACCUCACUCAGGCUCCGCCCGGCGGCUUCAACGGCCCGGAAGCCAAUGGCUAUGACAACCUUGCCAGCGCUAUUGGCGCACCAGUCACGCUGAAUGGACAGAAAGCGUACGGCGUCUUCAUCUCGCCUGGAACCGGCUACCGAAACAACGCUGCCAGCGGCACAGCUAUAGGCGACGCCGCGGAGGGCAUGUACGCGGUCCUAGACGGGACGCACUAUAAUGAUGGCUGCUGCUUCGAUUACGGCAAUGCCGAGGUCAGCAGUCUUGAUACGGGCAACGGCCACAUGGAGACCAUUUACUUUGGAGACAAUACCGUUUGGGGCAGCGGUUCCGGAAGCGGCCCAUGGAUAAUGGCUGACCUCGAGAAUGGCCUCUUCUCUGGCUCUAGCGCUAAGAACAACGCUGCAGACCCGUCUAUCUCUUACCGGUUCGUCACCGCGGCCGUGAAGGGGCAGGCAAACCAAUGGGCGAUCCGUGGUGCUAAUGCCGCGUCCGGCUCGUUAUCGACCUACUACAACGGCGCACGUCCAAGCGUAUCUGGCUACAACCCUAUGAGCAAAGAGGGCGCCAUCAUCCUCGGUAUCGGCGGCGACAAUAGCGUCAGCGCCCAGGGCACUUUCUACGAGGGCGUCAUGACCUCUGGCUAUCCGUCCGAUGCCACCGAGAACUCAGUGCAGGCUAACAUCGUGGCCGCUAAAUACGCAACCACCUCGUUAACCAGUGGCCCAGCGCUCACCGUCGGUUCCUCGAUCUCGCUACGGGCCACCACAUCCGGCUACACAACCCGGUAUAUCGCACACACCGGAUCUACCAUCAACACCCAGGUUGUCUCGUCGUCCAGCACCACUGCUCUUAAACAGCAGGCCAGUUGGACCGUACGCGCCGGCCUUGGCAACAGCGCCUGCUUCUCGUUCGAGUCCGUAGACACCCCUGGCAGUUAUAUACGGCACAAUAACUUCGUGCUCUUGCUCAACGCCAACGACGGCACCAAGCAGUUCCAUGAAGAUGCGACAUUCUGUCCGCAGACCGGCAUCAACGGUCAGGGCAACUCGGUUCGAGCCUGGGGCUAUCCUACUCGCUUUUUCCGCCACUACAGCAAUGUGCUUUACGUCGCGAGCAACGGCGGCGUUCACACGUUCGACUCUGCCACCUCGUUUAACGAUGACGUAAGCUGGGUUAUCAGUGCUAGCUUCGCUUGA